GCGCGCGCGCGCGGUCACGGGAAGGGGGCGUGGCCUGUGCUUCCUUCGCCUCAGUCGGGCUUUUGGCGCCACGCGGACGUUUGUUUUCCUUAUAUUUUUUUUUGCCGCUCGACGGUGGCCGCCGAGGGACAAUUACCUCAUGGAGCCCGCCGCCCGCCGCCCUCGCCCGCACCGCCGCCGCUUGCUCCUCGGCGACGCCGAGGGUCCCCUCACCCGGCGGAGAAGCCUGGACUGGGCCGGCUCCGCGGACUGUUGCGUCCAGACAGUGGAAACCAAGAGCGCCAAUAUGAAAAGGACCUCCUCUUCCGACUCGACGGAUUCGGGCUGCUGCAUGGAUUCCCCCGUCCUGCUCGGCCCGAACGACUUCGAAGAAAGCUUUCGCCUCCCCAUCAGAAGGAUGUACUCGCUGCCGCACGGUCUUCUGGGCUGCAGCCCUGCCUUGAAAGGAAUCCCGUCGGCUCGCCCGGACGAUGACGUCGUCCGAGCUCUCGGUCCCGAAGAGAACAAAGAGAACGAGCACUUUGAGUUCAAGAAGCCAACCAGACCCGCCUCUCGUGGCUCCCUGCACCUUUCCUCUCUCGACGACGAAAAGGAGGCUUCGGAAGCGAGGCGGGACUCGAACCCAGUACGAAUGAUCUCCAGGGGUCCAAAUAUGAGAAACGAUCCCGGAACGGUCAGCCCUGCAUUCCCGCGUCGGCCGUCCCGGAAAAUCUCGGAAAGCGAAGAGGACGAUGGCUUUUUAGAGAUGAUGAAGGGCCUGGAGGGCGCUAACGAUGACGAGAUGCCGUCGGACAUGUCGAGCCUCUGGACCGCCCCACUGGUGGUCUCUAAGGGAGAAGAGCUGCCGAGCCAGCCUCCCCAAUUGGGCAGCGCAGAGAAGGCCACGGGCAGCCAGACUAGGACGACCCACAAACGGACGGAGAAGGCCGCCGAAGAGAGCCUCGUCCCGGCCUUCAGCAAACGGCGGAGGAACACCCACACGGGACUCGCCGAAGAAGCCACGAGUCCCUCCUCUUCCUCUUUGGAGAUCGGCAACGUUUUGGACCGGGACCAGAGAGACCUGAUUGGAGAUUUCUCAAAGGCUUACCUGUUCCACACCGUCGACGGCAAACACCAGGAUCUGAAAUACAUCGAUCCGGAAAUGAUCGUGGCCGUCCUGAACGGCAGCUUCUCCCUCUCCCUGAAACGGUGUCUGAUCAUCGACUGCCGGUUUCCCUAUGAGUACGAAGGGGGUCACAUCAAGGGCGCUGUCAACCUCCCCCUGGAGGAAGACGUGGAAGACUUUCUGCUGAAGACGCCCAUCGCGUCCUCCUCCGGCGGCCGGCGGGUGGUGGUGGUCUUCCACUGCGAGUUCUCCUCCGAGCGGGCCCCCCGCAUGUGCCGAUUUGUCCGGGAACGAGACCGGCUUGGCAACCAGUAUCCCAGCCUGCACUACCCAGAGCUCUACAUCCUCAAAGGGGGUUACAAGGACUUCUUUCUGAAAUGCAAGCCCUACUGCGAGCCCCAGAGCUACCGCCCGAUGCACCACAAGGACUUCAAGGACGACCUCCGCAGGUUUCGCACGCGGAGCCGCACCUGGGCGGGCGAGAAGAGCAAACGAGAGCACUACAGCCGCUUGAAGAAGCUUUGAGGGGGGGGCCUCGCGUGUUCCAAAGGACACGUGGGGGGGGGCGGACGCCCAUUUUGGGGUGGGCAGGUCAGAUCCGUUCCCCUCGAGCCGAAGGAGAACGCCGACCCUGGCAGGUAGGACGGUUAGCGUCCUAGCCACGAAUCGGGGCCUUUUCUUGACGUGUUUCGAGACCACGCGUGGGAAAAGGUGUGGUCUUAAAAUGAAUUUUUGAAAAUGGUGCUUUUUUUAUUUUUUUAAUCUUUAUCUAUCUGUAUUUUUAAUAGAGUCUGAUGAAGCUAAAGGCCUUCCCCACCCCGUAUAAGCCGAGUUCGGUUUUCCAAUAACUAGCAUCGGUUUUAACUGCACAAGAAGUGGUUUAGCUCCACGAGAAGUGGGUUAGCUGCCAUUGCAGACCAGCUUCAAACUGUGGUUAAGCUGCGGAUUAAUUCAGGAUCCCCAAAAAGUUAUUUAGAAAAAGAGAAAAAGGGGGUGGGAGGAAAAAAAACAGCAGGAAUUGAACGAUUUUGAAGGAAACCUUGGCAUAAGCCAACAUCGGAGGCAGAAGCCGGAUGCUGGCUUGGAAAUCUUGCUUUGUUUUGUCUGGGUGUGGGGGGUGGAUAUCUAUCCAGUUUUGUGUAACGCUAAACCAGAGUUUUGUGUAAUAUUAAACCAGAGUUUUGUGUAACACUAAGCCACAAUUCAGACAAGCUCAAGCUGUGGUUAAGCUCCUAAUUGAGACAAACCCAAGUUUGUCCCAAACUAUGGCUAAUCCAAGUGGAAAUCUUGCUUUUUUUGUUUUUUUCCUGUGUGGGCAUGCAUCCAUAUUUUGUGUUCACAUUAAACCAGAGAUGUCUAUUCUAACUGCAAUUCAGACAAACUAAGCUAAUUUAGGAUCCAUCUGGAAGUUAACUCUAGUUUGUCGCAAACUCUGGUUUAAGCGAAAUAGGAUACUAGCCUGGAAAUCUUGAUUUUGAUGUAUAUGUCUCCACGUUUUGCGUUACACUAAAUCAGAGAUUGCUACUCUUAAGCACAAUUCAGACAAGCUCCAUCUGUGGUUAAGGUCCCAACUCAGGAUCCACCUGGAAGUUAACUCUAGUUUGUCGCAAACUCUGGUUUAAGCCAAACAGGAUACUAGCCUGGAAAUCUUGGUUUGGAUGUGUUGGUAUGUCUCCGCGUUUUGUGUUAUGCUAAAUCAGAGAUUGCUACUAUUAAGUACAGUUCAGACAAGCUUCAACUGUGGUUAAGGUCCCAACUCAGGAUCCACCUGGAAGUUAACUCUAGUUUGUCGCAAACUCUGGUUUAAGCCAAACAGGGUGCUAGCCUGGAAAUCUAGGGUUUUUUGUCUGUGGGUAUGUGUCUAGGUUUUGAGUAACGCUAAACCAGAGCUUGCUACUCUAACCGCAGUUCAGACAAGCUCCAACUGUGGUUAAGCUCCUCAUUCAGGAUUUGUAUCCAAGUUAAUUCUAGUUUGUGUCAAACUCUGGUUAAGCCAAGCCUGGGAAAUCUUCCUUUUUUUUUGAGUGUGAGUAUGUAGCCCCCGUUUUGUGUAACACGAAACCAGAGGAUGCUACUCUAACUGCAAUUUGGAGCACCUCAAGUGGUGGCUUAGCUCAUUCAGGAUCCACAUGUAAGGCAAACCCUGGUUUGUCACAAACUUUGGUUAAGCCACGUUGGCUUGAGAUUGCUGCACAUAUCAAACUGAGAUGACUCUUCUGCGGCAGCUAAGGAGAAACUGGCAUCAACCUCUUGAUUCCAAGGAAAGUACAAGCCCCAGGCCUUUCUGGGACGCUUUCAAUGAUGGCUUAGCGUUACACGUGUAAACUGGGCACCCGUAUCAGUAUUAAAAAUCCUAAUUUUUUUCAGGAGGGGUAUUGUGUAAGUGUCCACUUUGUCGCCUUUUGCAUUUGAUGUCUGCGUCAGGCCCGGAAGGGGGGGCACAAAAAUGCUACCUCGGUUUAUUUCAAGCCAGCAAUGCUGGUUUGUUCUCCGGAUGCCGGAGAGGGCUGCCCGAAAUCUCUCCAGCCGACCCGGGUGGAAUUUGCAAAGAAGCUUGCUUGUGUCUUGUAAAAAAAGAGGCCCCGGACCGACUUCCUGGGCGGAUGAGGGAAGGCGUAUGGUUUGUGUAGUCCUCGCAAUUUGGCUCUGGCUGCCUCGGAGCGUUUGCACAAACGAGGGAAAAAUAAUGUGCUUUUAAUGUCUUGUAAAUAGUCUUCGGGGUGGGGGGAAUUGGAAAGGACGGGAAGGGUCCGAAAAGAUUUUUUUUUGUGCAAAUAAAUUGCCCUUGGUUUCAAAGCUG